UUGAUUAUCGUUGGAAAUUUGUACCAGCAAUACCGUUCGAACCAAAUCCUUCAGAGCAAUUAAUUGAUGAAUUAGGAAUUGCAUAUGAGCCAGACGGUGAAAUGCCAUCUAUGCGAGUUGGCCAUACCGUGGUAGCAUAUCAGGGAAAAGCAUAUAUGUGGGGCGGAUAUUGUCCGAUCACAAAUAUUAUGUGUUCAAAAAUAUACUGCUUUGAUCCUGAACAAAAAACUUGGUCAGUAAUUCCAACUGCUAGUAGAACGCCAUCUGGACGUGCAAAGCAUACUGCUAUUGUAUACGAUAGUAUGAUGUUUAUUUAUGGUGGUAUGGAAAAUGAUUCAGGUCAAAUACCACGCGAACGAUUUCAACACACAGCAUGUGUAAUCGACGAUAAAAUGUAUGUAUAUGGUGGAGUUGAUGCAAAUCGCAGGGAAUUAUAUUUAGAUGUGUUGAAUUUGAACCAAGGUCAUUGGGAAAGGCCAAAUACGAGAGGUCAGAGGCCAAAUGGAGUACGAGCAGCCUGUUCUUGGGUUCACAACAAAAAAAUGUAUAUAUUUGGUGGUUGCCGAAAUAGAGAUGAACGUUAUAUAGCCACACUACAUCGAUUUGAUCCUGAAACAUUAAUAUGGUGUAAAAUUGAGCCAUUUGGUUUAAACGGUCCAAUGAGUCGAGAACGCCAUUGCGGAGUUUUAGUUGGCGAUUGUGCUUACGUAUUUAGUGAUUGGACAUUGAAGGAUCUUGCAGCAAUUGCCGUCAUACGGCAUCGAUUGAAUUUUGUAGAUUCUGAUGAGCUUCCGCUUGAAUUGAGGAUUGAUCUUGAUAUGAUGAUAACGAGGAAUGACGUAUUAUGA